GAUGAUCGACCUAAUCCAAACCGAACUGGAUGGCGCCACAUUUGCGUUGCAUCUUCAUGCCAACUUAUCCACCACCUUCUUUCUCCUCACGAGAUCGAGCAAGGAAAUAUACGGUAUAAAUUCGCACCAUUGCAUCGGAUGUUCCAACGACAGUUCAGAACACAGAGGACAUACAGAUCGAUCGGCCGGCCGGUCGAGAUGCCGGAGUACUGCGUGACGGGCGGGACGGGGUUCAUCGCGUCGCACUUGAUCCGGGCGCUGCUCGCCGCCGGGCACACGGUGCGCGCCACCGUGCGUGACCCGAAUGACGAGUCCAAGGUCGGGUUCCUGUGGGACCUGGAGGGCGCCGACGAGCGGCUGCAGCUGGUGCGCGCCGACCUGCUGGUGGAAGGGUCGUUCGACGCGGCCGUGAGCGGAGUCGACGGCGUCUUCCACGCGGCCUCCCCGGUCGUCGUCUCCUACGAGGACGGCAAGGACGCGCAGGAGAAGCUGGUGGACCCGAUCGUGAAGGGCGCCGGCAACGUGCUCCGCUCCUGCGCCAGGGCGGCCCCUCCGCCGCGCCGCGUCGUGUUCACCUCCUCCUGCUCCUGCGUCCGGUACCGCCACCACCACGGCGGCGCGGCAGCGCCGGCGCUGAACGAGUCGCACUGGAGCGACGCGGAGUACUGCCGCACGUACGGGCUGUGGUACGCGUACGCCAAGACGGUGGCGGAGAAGGAGGCGUGGCGGCUCGCGAAGGAGCACGCGCUGGACCUCGUCGUCGUGAACCCGUCGUUCGUGGUCGGGCCGGUGCUGGGCCGGGCGGCGCCCACCAGCACGGCGCUGGUGGUGCUGGCGCUGCUGAGGGGCGACCUGGCCAAGUACCCGAACACGACGAUCGGGUUCGUGCACGUGGACGACGUGGUGCUCGCCCACGUCCUGGCCAUGGAGGACGGCAGGGCCUCCGGGCGGCUCAUCUGCUCCGGCGACGUCGCGCACUGGUCCGAGGUGCUCGGGGAGCUCAGGGAGCGGUACCCGCAGUACCCAAUCCCGACGGAGUGUAGCGGCGGGAAGGGGGACGACAGGGCGCACAAGAUGGACACGAGCAAGAUGGAGGCGCUGGGGUUCCCGCCGUUCCUGUCCAUCCAGCAGAUGUUCGACGACUGCAUCAAGAGCUUCCACGACAAAGGCAUUCUUGCGUGAAAGCCAUACAUCGAUCGAUCAGAAUUCAGAGCCACUCCAUGCAAUAUAGGAUUACCUUAACUUAUCAAGAAAUUAACGGCCGGUGCUGAGGUUCGAACUUUGUGAGGAAGAUAUAGUCACUAACUCACUAUGCGAAAUGCGGUA